AAAAAUUUUGGUUUCCAGUUUUACAUUGUUAGUGUAUAGAAAUACACCUGAUUUUUGUGCAUUGACCUUGUAUUCUCUGGCAUUGCUAUACUCAUUAGAAAUUUUUGUUUUUUGGUAGAUUCCUUGGGAUUUUCCAUAGAGAAACAUGUUGUAUAUUAUUAAUAGGGUCAGUUUUACUUCUUCCUUUCUAAUCUGUAUUCCUUUCUAAUCUAAUCUUUUCCUUGCCUCACUACACUGGCUGAUUUUCAGUACAAUGUUGAAUAGGUAUGUCAAGAGUACACAUCUCUGCCUUGUUUCUGAUCAUAGGGGAAAGCAUUUUUAUAAAUUCCAUUAUAUUUUUAGUCUGCGAAAGUUCUGUCAUGAGUGGAUGUUGUAUUUUGUCAAAUGCUUUUUCUGCUUCACUUUUACUGGAGGUGGUGAUUGUUGUGCACUUAAAAGUUUGACAAGUACCUGCAGAACAGCCUUAUUUAAUUUGUUAACAUUUACUGUUUAACUUAUCUACUUAUGGUAGAAUUUCCUCUUUUUGGUGUACAUUUCUGAGUUUUGGCAAUUGCAUUGUCAUGUAGACUUCACCAUCACAAUCAAGAUUCAUUAGAGUUCCAUUGCCCAGAAACAUGCCCUUGUGGUACCUUUUUGUAGUCAAACUCUUCCCCAGCUCUUAACCCCAGGAAACCCCUGGUUUACUCCCCAACCCCAUUGCCUUUUCCAUAACAUCACAUGAACGAAUCAAUGAAGUAUGUAGAAUUGUGAGUGAUGUUUUUCAUUUUUCUCUUUGAUUUCUCUCAUCAGUAUUUUGUGUUUGUGUCUUUCAAGGAAUUAAACCAUUUCAUCUAUCACUUUGAAUUCAUUAAUGUGAAUUCAUUUAUAUUUCUAAUGCCUGUUAAGUCUGUAGUGAUAUCUCUUCUUUCAUUCUUGAUUUUGGUAAUUUGUGUCUUUUUUGUUCUUCAUCUAGAGUUUAAUUUUUACUAGUCUUUGCAAAGAACCCCCUGUGGGUUGAAUUAAUUUUGUCCAGGAGCCGGCAAACCUGUUUUUUGAGGCCCACACUGUAAAUAUUUCUGUUUUUCCAGUUAACUAGAAAUAUCUGUACUAUUAUUUAGGUAUUUAUAUAAUGAGAGGAAACUUUAAUUGACAAAAUUUAAGAUAUAAUGAUUGAGUACAACUUAAUUGAAGUUCAAGGUUGCUAUUCCCUGUCAUCAAAAUUGACUGUAAAUGUUCAUCUGUUAAUGCUGAUUUGUAAUGAGAUUUUAUGUAUUUUAUCUUUGAAAAGAACUUUUUUAAACAAAUAGGUCCUACCAAGUACUGAUACUAAUCCACAAGCAAAUGAUUUCAAUUGUGAAUAUUAAUGAGUUGAAAGAUGUGGUAAACUGAAUAAUGACUCCCUAAAUAUAUUCAUAUCCUAAUUUCCAGAGCUUGUGAAUGUUACUUCACAUGGUAUGAGAGAUUUACUGGUGUGAUUAAACUUAUGGAUUUUAAGAUGCGUAGGUUAUCCUGGAUUAUCUGGUUGGGCCCAGUGUAAUUACAAGGAUUCUUAUAAGAGAAAAGCAGAAGGAUCACAGUUAGAAGAAAGUGACAUGAUUAACAGAAGCAGAAAUUGGAGUGCUGCAGCCAUAAGCCAAGGAAUUCCAGCAGCCUCUAGAAAUUAGAAAAGGCAAGGAAAUGGAUUCCGGUGAGAAGCAACCAGUCCUGCUGACACCUUGACUUUAACCCAAGGAAACUGAUUUUAGACUUCUGAUCUCCAUAACUAAUAAAGAAUAAAUUGCAUUAUUUUAAGUCACCAAGUUUGUGGUAAUUUAUUAUAGCAGCAAUAGAAACUAAUACAGAAGACAUUUAAAGAAUUCUUGUAGACUCUUGAUAUUUACCUUUUAGUAUGUCACUACAUUUCAGAAUAAUCACUUCCAAUGGAAGGUUGGGAGAAUUCAGUGUGCAAUGAAAUGGACUUUGAAAUGUGGAAAGGUCCUUUGCACUUGCAUCAAGGUCUGAAAACACUGUUACAAUUCUGAAGUUUGGGCUCAGAUAAUAUAUAUGCUACAAAUUUAUGUGAGAAUUGAGAUAACAACUUUUGACAGCACUGGAAAUUUGUAAAGUAGCUUAGCAUUACCUGUGAUUCAGACAUUAAUUGUCUUUGAAAUAAUUCUCCUACACUAUAAGCUUCACAAAUAAGUACUGUUUUGCCUUCUAAUUUUAGGUUGAAUUCAUUAAGAAACAUUAUCAAGGCUGCAGCUAAAGCUAAUUUCCAAUGUCAUUCACGCUUGAGGGAAGUUCUUACUCAGAAAUAUUUCAGUCUCAGCCUUGAGAUUUUAAAAAAAUCACAGUAAAACUUUAUUGCUGCUCAGACAUUGAACUCUCAUGUGGUAGGGCAAGUCAGGAUUUUUCUACUUCUCAUGAAAUUCAUGAAACUGAUGAUGGUUAAAUCUUUGAGUUUGAAUGAAGUUCACUGUUGCCAUUACUGGUUUAAUAGCACAUGAUAGAUUAAAAUAUUCUCUGCAGAGUACCUGCUGAUGAAUAAUACAAUGAGUAACCACAGGCUUUAAAUACACGUUUUUAUAAAUCCAACCUCUGCCUUUUUCUGCUCCAACAUAUCUUUUACCACUAUCAAUUUUAACACAUCAUUUAAAACUGCCUCAGGUUUACUGAAUUAAUAUUUGCACCUUCUUCGGUAAUAUUUUCACCUGUGGUUGUUCCAUAUAGACUGUUCCUAGAGGCUAAUUAUUCAACCCCUCAAACUUGCCAUUGAUUCCUUAAAUACACAACAUCUGAGCAACAUUAGUAACAUCUGUGAAAUCAUCAAGAGCCAAAUAAAAUUUAUCAGAAUCAUUUCCCUUGUAUUUUAAUGGUCCAUAAUGUUGUUCCCAUUGUCCUCAACUCUUAGAGCAGUUGGUCUUGCCCAAAGUCUAAUAAUCAUAAACAAAUUUAUUUUAUCUGGACACAUUUUUUUUCCUUCUACAAUCAAACAUGAUUUAAUUAACUCAUCACUGGUAAAUUACUUUCCUUGCUUGGGGCAGAAGUAGAAGCUGAAUAUCGAUUAAACUUACCAAACUUGAAGAUCUUGAAACAAAAGACUGUAGUAUCUAAAGAUUUUUAAAGUACCCAAGUGGAAUAAUUAGCAAAUCAUUACUGAAAGAUAACUCACUGACAUUUUCUGACAUUUAAUUAUGUUUAAGAUCUGAAAUAAUGGGAUGUGCUAUAUUGACAAUGAAAAAAUAGAUUUCAAAAGGUUGCAUGCUUCAGUGUAAUUUACUUUAGUGUCUGAAAAAUUAGUUUUAUCCAAAAAUAGUUUGUCUUUUAAAAUGGCCAGUGCUAGCAAUUAAAAUGAAAAUAAAAGCCACUGGUCUACUUACAUGUGAAACAUAUUGAGCAGAUCUGCAUUAGAAAUGGAAAGACUUUCAAAUCUGCCUUAAACGUGUUGCCCUCUUGAUACCAUUUUCUGUACUGGCUCAUUAGAAAAUAUCUUACAUAGUUUGGGAUUGUGGUUAAUUAAAACAGGAAAAAAGAAAAAAAAGCUGAAUAUCUGAAUAUUGAAAUGUACUGUAGUUGCUACCUUAUUUUCAUUAUUUUUUGUGAAAAAAUUCUGCUCUGAUGAGACAUUUUAUUUAAAAUUUUCUAAUUUUUCUGACCAUUUAUUGUGAAUUGAGACUAUUGUGAUGAGUGCUUAGUGUGACAGUGUUGACCUAUGUUUGAUUAUUUUAGCAUAGAUAUGUUGUCACUGCAUAGGAAGCACAAUAAGCACGAUAAGCUUUGUCAUCUAUUUCAUUAACAAAAUAUUUCACCUCCAUUGUGCCUUCAAAGUGUAACAAAGUCUGUUUUUCUGUUUUGUUUUUUUUUUUUCCUUGUGUUUGGCUUGAUAAGUGUGUACUAGUAAUACAGAAAUUAAAAUGUAGUGGUACAGCAAUACAUAUGGUACUUGAAAUGCUGUUCAAUUAAUGGCAUUUAACCCAAUUGAGUUAACCUAUUGCUGAGUCACUGUGUUAAAUUAUGCUUAGCAACAAUAUGAAGAAAUGAGAGUGCCACCUGUGGUCUCCGUUAUAACUACAUAGCCCUGCUGCUGUAAUGCAAAAGCAGUCAUAGGCUGUACGUAAACAAAUGAGCAUGGCUGUGUUACAGUAACACUUUAUGGACACUGAAAUUUGAGUUUCAUGUAAUUGUCACAUCACAAAAUAAUCUUUUUAGGAUUUUUUUCAACCGUUAAAAAGUAAAAAUCAUUCUUAGCUUACAUCCUGUACAAAAACAAGCAGUGGGCUGGAUUUGGCCCAGCCAUAUUUUGCUAGGCUUGAUUUUGUCUAGUGUUUUUGUGUUUUCAAUGUCAUUGAUUUCUGUCUUAGGUUUAUUAUAUUCUUUUUUCUGUUUGCCUUUAAGACCUCUUUUCUAAUAUAUGCAUCAUUGCUAUACAUUUCUUUAUAAUAUCUGCUUUAGCUGCAUCUCUUACAUUUUGAUAUGUUGCAUUUAAGUCUUGAUUCCAUUUAAAAUAUGCUCUAAUUUAUUUUCUAAAAAGUAUUUCCACUUCACUGCAUCUAAUUUCUUUUGUAACUAAUUUCAUUGGUUGCUUAGAAGUAUGCUGCUUAAUUUCCAAACAUUUGGAGAUUGUCCAGAUAUCUUUUUCUUGUUCAUUUCUACUUUAAAUCUAUUAUAGUUAGAGAAAACACUUUGUCUGAUUUGAAUUCCUAGGAAAUUAAGAUUUGUUUUAUGAAAAAGAUAACAUCUGAGGUAAAAAAAAAAAUUAUUCAAUGGGCUCAGUAGCACACUGGAGAUGACAGAAGAAAGAAUCAGUGAACUUGAAGACAGAUUAGUAUAAAAAUGCUAUUUAAACAACAGAGAGAAAAAAAAUUGAAAAAAAAAAAAAACAAGCAGAGGCUUUGGAACCUGUGGGACGAUAUCAGAAGUCGAAUACUCCUGUCUUUGGAGUCUCAGGAGGAGAGGAGAGAAAUGUUUAUUUGGAAGUACUAGCUGAAAAUUGCCCAGAUUUGGUGAGAGACAUAAAUUUACAGAUUCCAGAAACUCAUUGAAUACCAAAUAUGAUAAACUUAGAGAAAAUCACUUCUGGAUACAUCAUAAUCAAACUUCUGAAAAUUAAAAAUAAACAAAAAUUCUUGAAUACAGCUAGAGAAAAUGACACAUUAUAUAUCUGGUAGAACAAUGAUUCAGAUAUAUGUAGAUUUCUCAUGGGAAGCCAUGGAGGCCAGAAAACUUUGGAACAUCAUCUUUAAGAUUCUUAAAGGAGUUGUAGGUACAAAAUUCUAUAUCCAAGGAAAAUGUCCUUCAUGAAUGAAGGGAAAAAAUGCCACACCUGUGCUAAAAGGAGCACUAAAGGAAGUUCUUUAGGCUGAAUAGAAAUGAUACUAAAUGGAAACUAGGAACUUCAGAAAUGAUGAAAGAGCACCAGAAAUAGUAAGUUUUUUGGCAAAUAUAAAAUACUGUUUUCUACUCUUUAAAAUAUGCAUGACUGUUUAAAUAAAAAUUAUAACUUUCUUGACUAGAGGUUUAUGUGUAUAUAGAGUAGUAUAUACAAAUGAAACAAAGUGGGGAGGUAAAGGGAACUAUUUGUUGGUAAGGCAUCUGCAUUUUACAAAAAGUAGUAAAACAGUAAUGCUAAAUACACUGUGAAAGAUUAGAUAUGUAUAUUACAACCCUGGAGCAACCACUGGAAAAAAAAAAAGGACAUGUAGCCAAAAGCUAAUAGAUAAAAUGAAUGGAAUAGUAAAAAAGAAAAAAAAAAUCAAAUACCCAAAAGAAGGCAGAAAAAGGAGUAAUAGAGGGACAAAAUCAGGGAAGACAAACAGGAAAAAAGAUAAUGGUAUACAGAAAUCCAGCUAUAUCAGUAAUUAUAGGGAAAUGCUAAUGGCCUGAAUACAUCAAUUUAAAGAGAUUGUAAGAUUGGAUAAAAAGCAAGAACCAAGUAUAUGCGGUCUGAAAGAACUCCAUUUAAAUACAAGGGCAUAAAUAAUUUGAAAGUUAAAAAGAGAAAAGGAGCUAUACUACGGAGUGGCUAUAUUAAUAUCAAAGACUUCAGACCACGGCCAGGGAUACCGAGGGACACUAUGCCAAGAGUCAGUUCCCCAAGUAGACAUAACAAUCCUAAAUGUGUACCCCCAAAACAACAGUUACAUGAAGAAAAACUGACAGAAUUAAAAGAAAAAAUAGAGAAACCCACAGUUCUAUGUAGAAAUCUCAACACUCUUUUACCAAUAAUCAGAACAAGAAGACUGAAACCCAGGAAGGAUUCAAAAGACCUGAAUAAUGCUAUUAACAUCUUGACCUCAUUGACAUUUGUAGAGCACUCUAUCACCAACAGAAUGCACACUGUUUUCAUGUGCUUCAGGUUUGAUUGUUUCUGCUGACCUGUCUUUGAGCUCGCCGAUGCUUCUGCUGCUUAUUUCUGAUCUGUCUUUCCCGCUUGGCUACAGAUUUCUGUGUGGUGGGAACUGUGUCAAAUUCUCCAUUUGCUUAUAACCAAACAUAAGGAUUGGCAGAGAGGAAUUAUUUGGUACCUGUCUGUGGUUGUGCAGCUUUCCAGCAGGCAGCAGGAAAUAGGGACCUUCAACUCAGUGAGCGUGUAUUCAAAUUUUCUGAAAAAAGAUGUAGGAGAAAUAAAAUAUCUGAAUAUUCCCUGUCCCUUCUCUCUGAUCAGUUUUGGUGGGAUGCUGAAGCCACCCACCAAAUGAUUUAUUUCAUAGUGAUAACAAUGAGGAUGGUAGUAACAAUGGCUAACGUUGAUCAGAUUUUAUUACCACUCACACUGACUUUCUAAUAUUAUGAUGUAUGAUGAAUAGUAUGAUAUAGUAUGAUGUAUUGAACUCAUUUAUCUCACAUAACAACCCAACUUUUAUCUCCAUUUUACAGAUGAAGAACAGAGGCAUUGAGAGGUUGAUUAAUGUAUGUCAGUUUAUGCUGCCAGUAAGUGGUAGAGUCAGGAUUAAAGCUUGGCAGCUUGAUUCUGUAGCCUGGGCUCUUAGCCAAAACAUUCUGCUUUCAUUAGGCUGGCGAAAUGGGCUUUAGGAGCUAAUAAGCCUGCAGCAAAACCUUCUUAAAGGUAUCAUAGAGCAGAGCACAUACAAGCUCGGUGUUAAAAGCUAAGAGGAUCUGUGAUGCAGGUGGGCAAAUUGCCUGUGGCUUGUUUUUGUGUGUCUCCCCUUCAGCUAAGAAUGGUUUUUACAUUUGAAGGGUUGCGAAAAGAAAGAACAAUAUUGCGCAGAGACAGCAUGUGACCCACAAAGCCUGAAAUACUCACUAUCUGUCCAUUUUACGAAAGCUUUCCAACCCCGGCUCUAAGUGAAAAGAGUACAGGAGGGAUGGCACAUGCAAGGGCCUGGAGACGUUUUUAUGAGAUCAAGUGAUUUACACGGCUGGAGAUCAAAGGGGAGAGAAGAUUUGCAGAGAACAUGAGCAGACAGACAUGAAAGAUUCCUGUGUGGCUUGCUAAGAAUCUAGACUUUAUCCCAAAGGCAGCUAUGCCCAUGUUUUAACCAAGAAAGGAACAUAAUCAGGCUUUAAUUCUAUCAAACAUGAAGAAGCAACAAUAGUCUAUAGGAUGGCUACUGUGUGACUUCAUAUUUAACAAUAAUUCCCUUUUCUUUUGAAUUCUCAAAGUCCCUUGGCUGAUUAGUGACCCCGUGCUUGAUAAAGGUGAUCAGAGAGGUCUAAACUGGAAGGCUAUCUUCACACGGAGUGCGUGCCUGCAGACAUCUACAGCGCAUGUUACUGCUCCUUCCUCUUAGCGACAGCUCCAAGAGUAUCUUUUAAAGGAGAGAAAUGGGGAUCUGGGAAUCAAGAGGCCUGGCUCCCAGGCCCUUCUCUGUUCCUGGCUUGAGUGUUCUCUGACAAUUUUCUUGAGAGGCCAAAUGGCCUAGUGGUUAAUUGCAUGGGCUUAUCCUGCAGAGUGCCUCUAUUCAUGUCCUGGUCUGUGGUUUGCAAUCCUCUCUGUACGCUGUAGUCAUCUGGGGAAUUUCAUAAAAACUCUUCUUCCACAGAUCCUCAUUUAUGGAUCCUGGACUUGAGUCUGGGCGUUGGUAUUCUUUUUUAAACCUCCCCAUUGAUACCGGUUAGCUGGCAGCUUAAGAGCCACUGUCCUAGUAAUUGAGAACACAGACCCUGGGCUAAUAGUCCUGGCUGUUCUGCUAGCUAAAAUGGCAAAGCCGCUUAAAAUAUUGAUGCCUCAGUAUUCUCAACUGUAAAAGGAGUUACAAAUUGUCCCAACUUCUUGGGUGGUUGUGGGAUUAACUGAGGGAGUUCCUCUAAAGCAUAUGCGUUGGUCUUCUCACCACAUUUUCUGCCUCCUCUCUUGCCCUAGAUACCCACUAACUCUCAUUCUGUUUCAAUAGUCUGAUGACUCCUUUCUCUUUGAGCGGCAAAUAUAGGUCAGUCACCUUCCAACACUAAGAGCAGCCUGCAUUUUCUCCAUCCUCAUCCAUCCUCCCUCAUCAUGUGUGGGUUUGAGGGCCCUUCCAUGCUCUCUCAAAGGGCUCCAUGCACCCUCUACCCUGGCAUCUAUCUGGGCACUAUAUCCCUUUUCGAAGGUGAUCCAUAAAUACUGGAUAAGUGAAAGAAACCUCAGCUCUUUUACUGCUGAUUACACAGCCAAGUUCAUACUUGUCCUUGGUAGCUGUGCUUACAUCCCGUGGAUUCUACAGCAGAGGCCAGGUGGAGGAGGAGGGAGCAGGUGCCUCCUGGAGUAGUGGACCUCUCUUUGAGGUGGUGCUAGAAGGCUCUGCCUUACUCACAGUUCAUGUUCAGUUCCUUUUUAAUUUUUUUCAGUUCUUUCUCUUCCACAGAUAGCCUUAAAGUUGCCCGAGAACAGUAAGUAAAGUAACAAGCCUUGAGGAAGAACCAUGAAAUUAAACUCCUGGUGUCCAGUCCUCCCCAGGGUCAAGCACUGAGCUGCUUUUCACAGAGGAGCACACACAGCCCCGUAAACAACCCCGCAGGCUAGGUGUUCUCAUCGCCAAUGAUAUUUUGUCAUAGCUAGACAGAGGAUCACAUUUUUGUUUAAGAAAUGUAGUCUCACAGGUUUCAUUAGGCUUUUGUUGUACCCUGUGGGAAGAGGGAUGUACCACUGAACUUCCCCUGAGCUCAGGAGGAAUAUUUACUAGCCACUGUAUUUUUCAUAAGGGCGGUCUCGAUGUUUAUAGUAUAUACCGUGGCAACAAAUAAAAGUAAGAAGCCAGAGCUACAGACAUUCCAGAAGUUACGGGGUGACUUUCCCGGGACAGAGCAGUAAUCUCUGCUGUCCAGAUGUCUUACAAAAUACAUUUGCCAGGGCAAUUUUGUGAUACAGAAUACUAUCUGCAUCUCUGUAGUUGCAAGGAAAUAGAGAUCCCUGGUGUAGUUGUAAUAGGUUUCCUCUGUGCACACAGAUAAUCCUAAUAACAGUCAUAUAUUGUUGGCACUGUAUGGUCUGGAUUUUGCAGAUGACAGAACUGAAACAUUAGAAAGGUUCAUGAAUUUAACCAUGGUCACUCAGAAAGUGUAGAGUAGCACCGGAUUUUCAGCAUAAACAUUUUGUCCCCAGAAUCCACUUUUAACCGGUACAUGACAUGCCACUGCCUCUCCUUUCCCACCUCUCCCAGGAUCAGAAUGAGCACGCUGGGAGCUGUAAGGCAUGUGAGGCUACUGGGUACAGCUGUGCAGGUUGCUCCAUGCAUGAGGGCACCCUGCCGGGAGGGCCAAGUGGUAGCUGGAAUCCAGCCCAUGCUACCUGCUCCCUAACGCCGGUGUGUGGCCACAUCUGCUGGGGGACGGGACACCUUUUUCUAAUUUGCACAAAGAUACAUUUCCCUUUUAAUUAUGGCUUCUUUCGUAUUACCCUGUUCUCCCUUCUCAGGUCUCUGCCUUUCUCUAGAACAAGAAAGAGAAAAAUGACUAAAUUCCAGGAGAUGGUGACAUUCAAGGACGUGGCUGUGGUCUUCACCGAGGAGGAGCUGGGGCUGCUGGACUCUGUCCAGAGGAAGCUGUACCGAGAUGUGAUGCUGGAGAACUUCAGGAACCUGCUCUUAGUAGCACAUCAGCCCUUCAAGCCAGACCUAAUAUACCAGUUGGAGAGAGAAGAAAAGCUUUUGUUGGUGGAGAUGGAAACCCCAAAAGAUGGGUGUUCAGGAAGGAAGAAUCAACAAAAGAUGGAGAGUAUUCAGGAAGUAACAGUAAGCUACCUUUCCCCCAAAGAGCUUUCCUCCUGUCAGACCUGGCAACAAAGUGCAGGUGGGUUAAUCAGGUGUCAAGAUUUCCUGAAAGUUUUUCAAGGGAAGAAUUCUCAGUUGCAAGAACAAGGUGAUUCCCUCUGCCAGGUUUGGGCAGGAAUACCAGUUCAGAUUUCUGAAGAUGAGAACUAUAUAUUGACUCAUAUAGGGAAUGACUCCAAUUAUAUAAAAAGUCAAGAGUAUCCAUCUUGGAGGGCACAUCAUUCUUGGAGAAAAAUGUAUCUGAAAGAGUCAUGUAAUUAUCAGUGUAGAUGUCAGCAAAUUUCCAUGAAAAAUAAUUUCUGUAAAUGUGACAGCGUCAGUUGGAUCUCACAUCACAAUGAUAAACUGGAAGUACACAGAAAAGAAAACUACAGCUGCCAUGACUGUGGAGAAGAUAUCGUGAAGGUAUCAUUAUUUAAUCAGGAUUCAAUUCAAACAGAGGAGAAGCCCUAUCCAUGUACUGGGUAUAGAAAAGCCUUCAAUAAUGACUCCAGCUCUGAAGUUCAUCAGCAGUUCCAUUUGAAAGGGAAGCCCUAUACAUACAGUUCACAUGGAAAGGGCUGUAGUUAUAGUUCACUUCUUCACAUUCAUCAGAAUAUUCAGAGAGAAGAUGAUAUUGAGAAUUCACAUCUGAAAUCCUAUCAGAGAGUGCAUACAGAGGAGAAACCAUGCAAAUGUAGUGAGUAUGGUGGGAAUUUCAAUCACUAUUCCCCUCUUAACACUUAUGAACUUAUCCACACAGGUGAGAUGUCCUAUAGGCGCAACAUUUAUGAGAAAGCCUUCAGUCAUAGCUUAGACCUUAAUAGUAUUUUUAGGGUCCAUACUAGGGAUGAACCCCAUGAGUAUGAGGAAAAUGAGAAUGUCUUUAAUCAGAGUUCAUGUCUUCAAGUCCAUCAAAAAAUCCACACUGAAGAGAAACUAUACACAGAUGUAGAGUAUGGAAAGAGUUUCAUUUGUAGUUCAAAUCUUGACAUUCAGCAUAGGGUUCAUAUGGAAGAGAAUUCCUACAAUUCUGAGGAGUGUGGUAAUGGCUUCAGUCUGGCCUCACAUUUUCAAGACCUUCAGAUAGUCCACACCAAGGAACAACCAUAUAAACGCUAUGUGUGUGGUAACAGCUUCAGCCAUAAUUUGUAUCUUCAAGGUCAUCCAAAAAUUCACAUUGGAGAGAAACCACGUAAGGAGUGUGGGAAUGGCUUCAACUGGAGCUCAAAACUUAAAGAGCAUCAGAGAGUCCACACUGGACAGAAGCCAUACAAAUGCAAUAUAUGCGGCAAAGGUUUCAAUCAUAGAUCAGUUCUAAACGUUCAUCAGAGAGUCCACACAGGAGAGAAACCUUAUAAAUGUGAGGAAUGUGAUAAGGGAUUCAGUCGGAGUUCAUAUCUUCAAGCCCAUCAGAGAGUACACACUGGAGAAAAACCUUAUAAAUGUGAGGAAUGUGGGAAGGGGUUCAGUCGAAAUUCAUACCUUCAAGGCCAUCAGAGAGUUCACACUGGAGAAAAACCAUACAAGUGUGAGGAGUGUGGGAAGGGCUUCAGUCGGAGUUCACACCUUCAAGGCCAUCAGAGAGUCCACACUGGAGAAAAACCAUUCAAAUGUGAGGAGUGUGGGAAGGGGUUCAGUUGGAGCUUUAAUCUUCAAAUUCAUCAGAGGGUUCACACAGGGGAAAAACCCUAUAAAUGUGAAGAAUGUGGUAAAGGCUUCAGUAAGGCCUCAACACUUUUGGCCCAUCAGAGGGUCCACACGGGAGAGAAGCCAUACCAAUGUGAUGAGUGUGGUAAGAGUUUCAGUCAGAGAUCAUACCUUCAAAGUCAUCAGAGUGUCCAUUCUGGAGAAAGACCCUAUAUAUGUGAGGUAUGUGGAAAGGGCUUCAGUCAGAGAGCGUAUCUUCAAGGCCAUCAGAGAGUCCACACUAGAGUGAAACCGUAUAAGUGUGAGAUGUGUGGGAAGGGCUUUAGUCAGAGUUCGCGCCUUGAAGCACAUCGGAGGGUUCACACAGGAGGGAAACCAUACAAAUGUGAGGUGUGUACAAAGGGUUUCAGUGAGAGUUCACGCCUUCAAGCACACCAAAGGGUUCAUGCAGAAGGGAGACCCUAUAAAUGUGAACAGUGUGGUAAGGGUUUCAGUGGGUAUUCAAGUCUUCAAGCCCAUCACAGAGUCCACACUGGGGAGAAACCAUACAAAUGUGAGGUAUGUGGAAAGGGCUUCAGUCAGAGAUCAAAUCUUCAGGCUCAUCAGAGAGUCCACACAGGAGAGAAACCAUACAAAUGUGAUGCAUGUGGUAAGGGUUUCCGUUGGAGCUCAGGUCUUCUGAUUCAUCAGAGAGUCCAUACUAGUGAUAAAUUCUAUAGAAGCGAAGACUUUGGUAAGGACUACCCUUCAUCAGAGAAUCUACACAGAAAUGAAGACUGUUUUGUUUUGAAGUCCUAAAAUGGGAGCUGAAAUUUUCCAGUCACUAGAGUUCUUUUGUAGAAAAAGAAUUUUUAAAAAUUAAAAUGUAAUGUUUCUGCCCAACUUCAACAUUCAUAAUGGCCGGGAGACCACACAACAGAGACAUUUAAUGAGAGGGGUUUCACGAGGGAUUUUGUUAGAACUUUAACAUCAGUCAUUGCACAGGAGCUAAGGCUUAUAAAAUAUGAGUAUGGUGAGGAAUUUAAUAAAAGUACAAUGAUGAGCAUACCGAAAUCCAUGUUCUCUAGAAUGUAAACUUGGUGAGAGAAGGGACUUUGUUCAUUGCUAGUCUACAAAACUAUGACAUUUCAUAACUCAAUGUAGGUGCUCAGUACUUUUUGCUAAAUAAGUAAAAGUAUAUAAAGGUAAAAUGUUUGAAAACUUUUAAGCUCAUUUUUUAAAACUUCACUUAAAAUGUAUUUGAAAGAGGAAUCUUGCAAGUAAUCUUAAUAAAAUCAUUUCAAGUAAAUAUUUGAAAUGUAGAACAAUAUGCAUUAUUAUGAUCUGAAAUAACAUUAAUUUGAUGGUAACCCUACUGGGGUUAGUUCCUAUCCUUUGUUCCAUCUUGAGCAGAGAUGUACUGCACUUCUUAAUGUUUGGUCUCUAUACAUUAUGCCAUCUGUUGAAGUUUAGCUUUGUGUGUGUGUAUAUGUACACAUGUGUGCACUUUAAAUAUCAGUACAAACUGAUAAACAAUGUUUCUGGUUAAUAUUGCAAAAAAGGAACACUGUAUUUUACAUAAUUGAUUUUCUACUCCUGCCCUGUGAGUUAAGGCAGAGUUUUACUGUAAUAUUUGCAAGUAUCCAAAAUGGUUACUGAUGACAAAUACUUUUUAAUAAAUGUCAAAAUCACAAUA